ACCAAUCUACACACUACUAAGGCUAAAUGAGAGCAAAUUUGAGACACAGAAAAAAGCAUAAUUAUAAACAGUUUCAAAUAUUAACACCUUUGCCUUUGCUUGUGAGGUAUUGAGAAUUAAUUGAGAGGGAGGGGGGGAAAUUAAGUUAACCAAAAAAGGAAGGAAGAAGAAACAAAAAAAAAAUGAUGAAUUCAUUGUGUGGAAGCUCAGUGUCCCUCAAGAGUGAGAACAACAACUCUAGAACCAAAGUCCAACAACCCACCACUCCUUCAAAUGACUCAGUUAUGCAAUCCAAGAAAAACAAUGCCACUCAAUCCUCUGGUGAUCUAGACCAAACCAGCCUAACCCCACCAAGCUUAAACCUUCCAUCACUCAAAUUUGACCUUGAUGGAGAUGUGGAAGUUCAGUCACCAGAUAGUUCAAUGUGGGAAUCUUUUUUUGCUGACCACAAUUUAGAUGGUGAUUUCAUGAUCUCUUCCCCAGUGAGGACCCCACAAGCCUCUUCCUACAAUUGCAACUACAACUAUGCUCAGGGAAUGCAAGGCCAGAGUCUUUCAGGGUGUUCCCCACCUCGUUUCUCAUCAUCACAAAUUGGAGCCUUCAACAGCAACAAAGGCAAAGGACUUAGCCCCCUCCACAGGGUUUUCAACUCACCCAACAAUCAAUACAUGCAGCAUGUUGAGAACCUCUCACUGCCAGCAAUAGAGUUCUUGGAGGACUACCAAUUAGGGUACUCUUCAUCAACAACCAACAAGAUGUGUUGCUCUGAUCACAACAACAUUGCAAGUUCAUCUGAGUGCUUUGACUUGUCAAUGUCUCAUCAAAUCCCUUCGUCCAUGUUGGAUGGCUUGGCACUGCACAAUUCCUCCUCGAGGUACCAUCGUGGAUCGGUUGUCGUCGACGAAGAAUCGUCGGUGCACGGUGGUGGUGCUGGUGGCUUUUCUCAGCUAUCAGAAGAGAGUGACAUCUAUCACCAGAUGGGGUCCAUGGCUAGUGCUUCUCUUUCACAGGCUCUACAACAAGAACACUACCAAGAGAAGCAGCAAGCACAACAACUGCAACAACAACAACAACAGCAGCAGCAGCACCAGCAAGAGAAUCUGAUGGUGCCUAUUCCAAUAGGAGUCGAGCAGGAGCAAGACAGCGGGCUUCAACUGGUGCACCUGCUCCUGGCAUGCGCGGAGGCAGUAGCCAAAGAAGAAUACAUGCUGGCAAGAAGGUACCUCCACCACCUCAACCGCGUCGUCACCCCCUUAGGCGACUCCAUGCAGCGCGUCGCCGCCUGCUUCACCGACUCCCUAAGCGUCAGGCUCAACUCCACCCUCACUCCCAAACCUACAACACCUUCCAAACCCUUAACCCCUUCAAACUCCCUCGAGGUCCUCAAGAUCUACCAGAUCGUCUACCAGGCCUGUCCCUACGUCAAGUUCGCCCACUUCACCGCCAACCAGGCCAUCUUCGAGGCUUUCGAGACCGAAGAACGCGUCCACGUCAUCGAUCUCGACAUCCUCCAGGGCUACCAGUGGCCUGCCUUCAUGCAGGCCCUGGCAGCCCGCCCAGCAGGCGCACCUUUUUUAAGGAUCACGGGAGUGGGCCCCUCGAUAGACGCUGUACGAGAAACCGGACGGUGUCUUACCGAGCUGGCCCACUCCCUACGGAUCCCCUUCGAGUUCCACGCGGUCGGGGAACAACUUGAGGAUCUCAAGCCACACAUGUUAAACCGCCGUGUUGGGGAGGCGCUGGCGGUUAAUGCGGUUAACCGCCUCCACCGCGUCCCCGGCAACCACUUGGGCAAUUUGCUGACCAUGCUACGUGACCAGGCACCUAGCAUAGUAACUCUGGUGGAGCAAGAAGCGAGCCAUAACGGACCUUACUUUCUAGGGCGUUUUCUUGAGGCAUUGCAUUACUACUCCGCCAUUUUCGACUCGUUGGACGCCACUUUUCCGGCGGAGUCGGCGCAGCGGGCGAAGGUGGAGCAGUACAUAUUCGCGCCGGAGAUACGAAACAUCGUGGCGUGCGAGGGGCCGGAGAGGUUCGAGAGGCACGAGAGGUUAGAGAAGUGGCGGAAGAUGAUGGAGGGGAAGGGGUUCAAGGGAGUGGUGCUGAGUCCGAACGCGGUGACUCAGUCGAAGAUAUUGUUGGGGUUGUAUUCAUGUGAGGGGUAUAGGUUGACGGAGGAUAAGGGUUGCUUGUUGCUUGGGUGGCAGGAUAGGGCCAUCGUUGCUGCGUCUGCAUGGCGCUGUUGAUGCUAAUUAAUGCUACUGCAUACUCUUGCAAUGAGUUAAUUAAUGUCCUCUUUGUUUUGAUUAUUAUUAUUAUGUUGCUAAUUAGUUGUUAUACUUCUUUA